GUUGGAUUUAGAGUUGGUUCGGUUCGAUUCGGUUAGGAUCGGUUAAAAUGCACAAACCAAAUCUGAAAUUUGAUGAUGUUCUCACUUUCCCUUUUUGAGUAAAUCGAUCUCUCUUACUCCACCAUCUUCCUUCUGUCUCCGAUCGCGAUCCAUCUUCAAUUCCAUCUCCGAUCUUCAAUUCCGACUUGGAAUAAAAUGUCAGAAGGCUACGCAAUCGAGCUAUACUUCGAUCCAGCACUCGAAAACCAAGUAUUGAAAGCAUGGAACGUCUUCGCUCGCCGUCAAAUCAGUACCAAAUUGAUCAACACUGAGUCUCGUCCACACAUAACACUCUUCUCCACCUCCUUCUUCGAUUCAACGAGACUCGAAUCCGUCAUCAAAAACUUCGUAUCCAAGCAAGAACCAAUCUCGAUCUCGUUCUCUACUAUCGGUAGCUUCUCUAGCGACAACAACGUACUGUUUCUAUCUCCGACUCCGUCUCUAUCGCUUCUUCAGUUGCAGACUCAGUUAUGUGAUAUGUUGAAGAAAGAAUCUGUUGACAUUGGUGAAGAGUAUCGUGUUGAUUCUUGGGUUCCGUUUUGUCCCGUGGCUCUUGAUGUUCCUAAGUCUCGUAUGGCUGAGGCUUUCUCUGUGUUGAGAGAUUUGAAGCUUCCGGUGAAUGGUUAUGGUAUGGAGAUUGGUCUCGUUGAGUUUUCUCCUGUUCGUGAAGUCUUCUCAUUUCCUCUUGGUAACACUUUGGAGUCUUGAUCUGUUGUUGUUGGUUUUUAUGUAAUUUCUCUAUGUAAAGCUUCGAACUUUACUGUUGAAUUCUAAGGAAUAGUUGGAGAAUUUGCUAUUUAUCUAUCUGAAUGAUGUUUUGAUUGCUAGAGUUAACUACUAGAACACAUAGAAGCUCUGUGUUGUAGUCAAAGUCGAUAUCUUUAGAAGUUCCUAUGAUAUGUGUUUUAUGUCUUUACUGUUGAACUCGGAUAUUUCUAAGGAAUAGUUGGAGAAUUGCUAUUU